AUGGUUCAAACGGCCGGCGACAAAGAUGCAUUUCGAAGCACACACUACCUGGGUAUCUUACCAUGGUAUUACUGGUGGCUUCGAACCCAAGUUUACCAACAACCUAUACAGCUAUAUGCUUGUGUUCGGGGGUUUGUUGACGAAUCCGAAGAUAUCCCAUUCAAUGAAAUAAAGUCAAUCUACUUAAAAGUUUCAGAGAUAGUUACCAACAACGCGGCCUUAAGUAUCGACGACAUAGUUCAACAGCUGUCAGAGGUUGGUAGUAUCAUUGUAUCAGAAGACCGGCAACUCAGGUCAGCUACUGACUUGAUUUUCUCGAUUAUCGGCUGGCAAACUAUGCUUUAUCGACCUGAUAUAUUAUCCUGCCCGCCAUCCGAAUUUUGCAUUACAGACGAAAUGAAUGGUCACAGAAGUAGCUGCCAUCUCUGCCUCAAGCAAUUCCGCGUCUGCAAGAGUAAAGGACUCUCCGAGUUUCUUUUAGGGUUCGGUUUAAUGCUCAUUCCGCGAAAUUAUAAUACUCUUGAGGACGCUGAGGAGGCCAAGGCAUUCAAUCGACUAAAGUCUGUUAAAUCUUCAACUUUGAACGCAUAUCUCUUGACAACCAUUGGCGGCAUCACUAUAAGUUGGUCCGACUGCUUGGCUUGUCAUCUAGAACUCGACAAGAAUGCACGCGUUCUAUAUGUAUUUCGCUAUCCAUCGUUCUGUGUGGAAAGCCUUGGCGGCCAAUCGGCAAGAGGUAGCGGUCGAUCUACGAUUCAUUCUUGCACUUCGGACUUCCCUAACAAUAACCACUGGGCAACACCACAGGAUGUGACGGAACUACUCAGAGAGGUCCUUAUUUCCUACAGACUCUUAUUCGGACAAGAACGUAAAUCGCGAAAAGCCUUUCGAAAGUUGCGUCCUUUUGAACACAUACCGAAGAAUAGCCAUGACAGAUUCCUCUUAGAGGUCUGCGGAAAAAAGCGAUUGGAUUUACUGUCAGGGGUUAAAGAGCGUGAUAGUUAUGAACUAGCACGAGAUUUUCCACAUCUGAGAGCACAGCUCGUCGCUCUAAGUAUGUAUCUAGACGAUAGGAAGCCUCGGUCCUGGAAAGAGUUAUGGUUAGACACUCGCGAUUCAGCAUCAUGGUUGACAUUUUGGGCAGUCAUUAUUAUUGGUGGACUAGGUUUGAUCCUCGCGUUUCUUCAGGUUGUACUUCAAAUUACACAGCUAGCAAUAGAUCUGCGGCAAGCUGGCUCGUGA